UUUCCAAUUGAAAUAGUAAAAAUUGUUAAUUUAAGGUAUAUUGCUUUGUCCUACACUGGGAUAUUCAAGAUUCCUGUCUCAAUAUCUAAACUUUGCAAUCUUCAGACCUUGAUGGUUUUUCGAAAUUCUAAGGGUAAAAUAUUGUUACCAGAGGAACUCUUAAAGAUGCCACAGUUAAGGCAUCUCUUGUUCGAUGAAGCUGUCUUGCUUUGUUCUCAUGGUCCACAAAAUGCGAACCUACAAGAACUUUCUGGUGUAAUAGAUUUCAGAUUCACUCAGGAGGCCCUUCAAAUAAUUCCGAACCUGAGGACAUUGAGAAUUUCUUACUAUUGUGACCGUGAAACUGGGUUGUCAUUAUACUGUCUUGAGAAUUUAGUCCUCCUGGAACAACUUGAAAGUCUUAAGUGCAAUUUUUGGAGACAUAUUCCUCUGCUUCAGAACCUUCCCACCAAAUCUGAAGAAGUUAACUUUGAGUGGUUGUAGAAUUUCUUGGGAUAAUAUGUCUCUUGUUGGUUCUCUUCACAAUCUUGAAAUUCUCAAACUAAAACACGUUGUCUUUGAAAGCACUUCAUGGAAAGCAAAAGAAGGGGAAUUUUCUCGAUUAAAAUUCCUGCUUGUUGACAGGAAUUUAUUGGAAUUCAGGGAAGCCGAGGCAGCACAUUUCCCAAGCCUUCAGAUCCUAUGUCUUAGGCAUUGCCCCUUUUUAAAUUGCAUCCCUUCUGAAAUUGGAGAAAUUCCAAGUCUUCAGUUAAUCAUCUUGUAUGAAUGUCGGUUAUCUUUUGUUAUUUUGGCACAUUCAAUGCUAGAGGAGCAACAAGAGUUGGGAAACGAUGAACUUGAGGUUCAUGCCUUUUCAUAUUCAGAUGGAAAAACUUACCAUGGCAUCUCCAAUCGUAAGAUGUAUACAGCACACCAGAAACGCAUCAUAGAGUACAAACUCUGGAGUUAUGCAGAUUAUGAGAGAAACUUUGAAGUAAAAAGUCAGAUGCCUUCAAAACGGUAAGCUAAUUGAGUCCUUUGUGUUGAACUCUAGGCUUUCCCUUUUAUAAUGGUUCUA